CUUCUGUUUUCUGUGUGAGCCUUGACCCCAAGACCAACACGCUGGCAGUGACAGGCGGGGAGGAUGACAAGGCUUUCGUCUGGCGUGUGAGCGACGGAGAGCUCCUGUUCGAAUGCUCAGGACACAAGGAUUCGGUCACCUGUGCUGGAUUCAGUCACGACUCUGUGUUUGUGGCCACGGGCGACAUGUCUGGGCUUAUCAAAGUGUGGCGGGUGGAUGCCAAGGAGGAAGUGUGGUCCUUCGAGGUGGGGGACUUGGAGUGGAUGGAGUGGCACCCUCAAGCCCACGUCCUUCUGGCGGGCACGGCUGAUGGCAACUCCUGGAUGUGGAAGAUCCCCAGCGGCGACUGCAAAACCUUCCAGGGCCCUGCGUGCCCGGCCACGUGCGGCAGGAUCCUGCCCGACGGGAAGCGAGCGGUGGUGGGCUACGAGGAUGGGUCCAUGCGCAUCUGGGACCUGAAGCAGGGAACCUCACUGCAUGUCCUGAAAGGUAGGGAAGAG